UUGUCAAAAUGCCUGAGCCAGCAAAAUCUGCUCCCGCUCCCAAGAAGGGCUCUAAAAAAGCUGUGACGAAGACUCAGAAAAAGGGCGAUAAGAAGCGCAGAAAGACUAGGAAGGAGAGUUAUUCCAUCUACGUAUACAAAGUGCUGAAACAAGUUCACCCGGACACCGGUAUCUCCUCUAAGGCCAUGGGGAUCAUGAACUCCUUCGUGAACGACAUCUUCGAGCGCAUUGCGGGGGAAGCAUCUCGCCUGGCUCAUUACAACAAGCGUUCAACUAUCACUUCCCGGGAGAUCCAGACCGCUGUGCGCCUGCUUCUGCCGGGGGAGCUGGCCAAACAUGCUGUGUCUGAGGGCACCAAGGCAGUCACCAAGUACACCAGCUCCAAGUAAAUAGUUUGAUGUGAGACUACGAACACCUAUAACCCAAAGGCUCUUUUAAGAGCCAUCCACUUUCUCACCCAAAGAGCUCUAAUAUCACUAACUGCUGCUGCUUGUGUUCUUCAAAUUCCAACAGUGUAUUUUUUAAAACAAUCUGUACUUGUGUUUUAGUUUCAGGCGACUUGUUAAAGCAUUUUUUCAUAUGCUCCCUAUAUAGAGGGGGGACUGAUUUCGUUUUAGUAAAUGGCAUUGUCAAUUUAAACUAUAUCGGGGUUUCAAAUUUUAAGGCAAAAUGUAGGUGUUCCUCGUCCUUCUCGUUUCUCCACCUCCCAACCAAUAGUUCGGUGAUGUGUCACCUCCAAGAAAUAUAAAAUAUGGUUAAACGGUUUGUCCCGUAAAUAACAUUUGACAUAUUACCAGAUUAUACUGUUCAGUACUCUAUUUAACCGAAGAAUAUUCCUAGAGGUUCGACUAAAGUUUUGGCUCCAUGAAU